CCCAGUUUCACUUGUCAUGACUGCAUUCAGUAGACUAGCGAAAACUAAGAUGACAGCAAUAAAACGGGAAUUAUAUUUUUGAACUACGAUUACGAGCAAUAUUGACACGCGUCGUGUUUAAACAGGUUUUUUGCGAUAUGGGAUGCUACGGGGACCUGGUGAUGCCUUCUGAGCUAAAAACCCAAGACAUUUGCGCCCUAAUUGCUUUUGCAUAACUGAUCUACAUAGUAUAUAGGACACUGGAUAUAUGUAACUUUGAAAGAAUGCCAGAGUCAUCAUUUGAGGACAUAAACAACAUUUAUGUUUCCUCUACAAUGCCUCCCUCAAGGCAGUACAGCCAGUCUACAAUACCCCUUCUUCCAUUUAGACAUUACAUUGGCAACACUGAGUUCUGUACAGAGAACAAUACAUCAGAAUGCAUGCUGUACAUCAGCCAGGAGCUGUUGGCACUGGGGUUCCCAUCGAUUUUCUUUGACUUGAAUGGGCUCCGGGAGCUGGAUGUCAUUUCAGCACUGAACAGCAUGUAUGGCCUGCUGCAGAUGCAUCGUCGUGCUGUGGGAAUGCUGGCUGAGCUGGAAGUGGAGCAGCUCAGGGUCAGCAGUGAUCUGCACUGCCAGCAGCUCACCAACUCCAAGCUCAAGGACCAACUUGAACUCUCCAAAAAGGAAAAUCUCAGAUUGUGUGAGCGAGAACGACAGCUGGAAGCUAACACAAAGGCUUUACAUCACUGUUUGAAAAAUGAGAAAGAGGAGGUUCAGAAGCUUCAGAAUGUCAUUGCUAGUCGUGCCUCACAGUACAACCACAAUUUGAAAAGGAAAGAGAGGGAGUUUGGUAAACUUAAAGAGCGCCUCAAUCAGUUACUGACUGACAAGAAAGACAAGAAACAGGGGAUGGAUGUUUUGAAUUAUGUUGGGAGAUCUGAUGGGAAAAGAAGUCAGUGGAAAACUGGAAAAACAGAUUCAAGACAUGAAAGUGAUAUGUACAAGGCUCUUCUGAAUGAGUUUGAUAAACACCAGAGGGAGCUGAUGAUUGAAAAUGCUGAGUUGAAGAAAGUGCUCCAGCAAAUAAAGCAGGAAAUGGUGGGAAUUUUAAGCCCUAAGAGGCAAAGCGGAGAAACACAAAAAGAGGAGAAACCCAAGGAAUUCACAGACCAGCAAAUAGCUUCUGAUGAGGAGGAGGAGAACUCUUUUAAGGGGACUUCCGAGAUGUCCUGCGAACAUGCUCGGGAGCAGCUCAGCAAUAGCAUUCGUCAGCAGUGGAGGAAGCUCAAAGACCACAUGGCAAACCUAGACAACAAGGGUAUACUGAAGCAUGAAAGUCCUCCAGCUUCCCUGGUGCACCUGGGACAGGGGAUCAAUGAGGAAAUGAUUUCCAAAGAGGUCCAUCAGGAAGAGAUGGAGAGACUCAAGUUGGAGAUCCAGCAAUGCAAGGACUUCAUUCACACUCAGCAACAGCUCCUGCAGCAGCAGCUCAGUACUCCUUGGGAUGAGGAGACUGCAGCUGUCCUGACUGACUGCUACAUGUUAGAAGAGAAGGAACGCUUGAAAGAGGAAUGGAAAACAUUUGAGGAGCAGAAGAAGAACUUUGAAAUGGAGAGGAGGACUUUCACAGAGGCAGCCAUUAGACUGGGCCACGAGAGGAAAAUGUUUGAGGAAGACCGUGCAACCUGGCUAAAACAUCAAUUUUUGAACAUGACGUUCACAGACCAGAUGAACUUAAAGACUCAAAAUACCCUAUCAGAAUAUGCUGUUCAAGAACAGAAACACAUAUCAUCUCCCAAGACUCCACUCUAGAAUGUACUGGCCUAGUGAAUGGGCCUACUUGGACUGGACUCACUGUGGAGCAGAUCUUGCACCAGGGAGGAGAUCAGAGUCAAAUAAAUAUAUUGCUAAAGGAUAAUUUACAUUUGUUAUUAUGGGAUGCUUUCUGUACCAUUUACAUAGAUGGACAGUGGUCUGAGACUUGUUUGUAGGUUUUACAUGUAAUAAUUAGAAACCUUUUUUAGGAAAAGUCUUUAGUUGCAUCUAGAAUCACCUACACUAAAAACUAAAGAAUUUUAUUCUUUUUAUUCUACAGUUUAAAUGGCUCUGAUCUAUGUAUGCAUGGCACACUUUAGUAUUCUGCUUUACCCUACAUUUCUUCUUAUCUAAGUGGAAAAUAUGUAUAUCAUGCUUAAAUUAAUGCCAUGUAGUAAAAGUAGAGAUGCAGGGAUGAUGGUAAGGAAAUGUAUAACCAUACUAAGUAAAUUUCCUUGUGUAGUUUUAUCAUUAAGAUCCAUUUGUCAUAGAUAUGUUUAAAUAUGUAAUAAGACACUAUAACAGUCUAUUCAGUCUAUUUAGAGCCACUUAAGGUUUGUAGGCUUCUACUAUUUGUUACUAGUGUGGUUUAUCUUUUAUCAUUUAGCUAUUUUAGAAUUUACUUUGUUCACCUUAAAGUUUUUUAUUUUGAUUGCCCAGUUCGGUUUCUGUAGAUGCCUAGAGCAAAGCAGUGGUGGAUUUCAUUAUUUGAAUUAUUCUUUAAUUAGAGAAAAAAUCUUAAAUACACUAGUUUUUAUAUGUUCA